CUCCUUGAGCUCUAAGAUACCCAAACACGAGCACAACUUGACUCGAAUCACUCUAACGUGUAAGUGCAUUGGCUCUAUAAAUUGAGCUUCUGCUAAACAUUGAACUCCAUAUUCUUUCACCAUGGAUAUCAUUUCAAAACCAUUCUUUAUGGAGUUCUCGUAUCUCUUCCUCUUCUAUCUUGCUCCCCUUCUCAUGCUUGCUUCUGGCAUUCGUUCACUCAAAACCAGGCACAAAAACCUCCCACCAGGGAGCUUCGGAUUGCCCUUCAUCGGAGAAACCAUUCAAUUCCGGCAUCAAGAGAAGUUUGUGCUCGACAGAAUGAAGAAAUACUCACCAGAUAUCUUCAAAACCAAGAUUCUUGGAGAUGAAGUUGCAGUAAUUUGCGGUCCAGAUGGCCAUAAAUUUAUCUUCAGCAAUGAAAACAAACUCUUCACUCCAAUUCUUCCCUAUUCCAUGCAAAAGAUCUUCUUCUCCAAUUCUCCCAGCUCUGAAAUCAAAAAAGAACUCAAAACAGUAAAAACGUUACCUGGGUUCUUGAAAACUGAAGACCUGGCCAGGUGCAUAGGCAUAAUGGAUUCAAUAACUCAACAACAAAUGCGAACUUUCUGGGAAGACCACAAUGAAGUGAAGGCGUUUCCUUUAGCCAAGUCCCUAACUUUAUGCAUUGCCUGUCGAUUAUUCAUGGGCACUGAAGAUCCUGGGCUUGUUGCCAGGACUGUUGCCAGGCUUGAUGAUGUGAAAGUAGGGAUGUUUUCAGCUCCAUUGAAUUUUCCAGGGACGAAUUUUCAUAAAGCCUGCAAAGCCGCAGCUGCAAUUCACGGGGAGUUAUUGAGGAUAAUUUCUGAGAAGAAAGCUGCAAUGGCGAGAGGAGCACCGACGGCGCUGGAUUGUUUAUCACAUUUUAUUUUGGCUACAGAUGAAUCCGGGCAACGCAUGUCAGAGGUUGAGAUUGCAGACAAAGUCUUGGGUUUCCUUGUAGUUGGUUAUGGCACUGUGGCUACUGUCUUGACCUUAUUCAUGAAAUAUGUCGGAGAAAGACCUGAUGUAUACAAUCAAGUCCUGAAAGAGCAACAAGAAAUCGCAGCCUGUAAGAAGCCUGAGGAGCUGUUGAAUCGGGAUGACAUCCAGAAGAUGAAAUAUUCCUGGAAUGUAUUAUGUGAAGUUAUGAGAGUCAAACCAGCAAUUCAAGGAACCAUAAUUAGAGAGGUCAUGACUGAUUUUACAUACGCCGGUUACACUGUCCCUAAAGGAUGGAAGGUAUACUGGAAUGUAAAUUCAACAAACAAGAACCCUAAAUAUUUUCCAAACCCAGAAAACUUUGAUCCAUCAAGACAUGGUGAAACAAGCAACUUACCUCUUUUCACAUUUGUUCCAUUUGGGGGAGGACCUCGGAUGUGCCCAGGAAAAGAGUAUGCUCGAUUAGUAACACUCACUUUUGUUCACAAUCUGGUCAAGAGAUUCAGAUGGGAAAUGGUCCUUCCAAAGGAAAGAAUCCUAGGCGAUACGAUGCCAUUUCCAGAACAAGGACUUCCAACUCGUCUUUAUCAUCACUAGGAUAAAUUAUAUCAAUAAAAUUAUGUGUACCUAAUUUUGAAUAGUUAAUUUGGUACUCAGAUAAUAUGUUAUCAUUGAAUUUGAUGAUAACAUGUUUUAUGAAUAUCCAAUUAAAUACUUAAAACUAUGUACACAUAAUAUUGUUUAAAUUAUAUGUAAAAGCUUCUACUACGGGAAUGGUUAUGUUAAUAAAUAAAUCGGUACUAGCUGUUGGAUUAAUACUAGUCAAGAGUACGAGUAUCAAUCUAAUGGUUGAAAUCGGUUAGCUAAUGUUUAUGGUGUCUCUCCACAUAAUUUGUUAUAAAACUCUGUCAGUUUGCAU